GUAAGGUUGCGGUGCAAGUUGAUUUUGCAGACGAUUUUUUGUUGUCAUUCCAAAUUCCACGAAAAAACAAAACUUUCUCGCCACUUUUCCGCAUUUUCCAGCUGUGUCAGGAUGUCCGGAUGCGAAUAAGGGACAAUGAGCUCAAGAACAAUCUUUGAUUUACCCGUGGAAGACAUUGUGGUGCCACAUAUUGGCAAAUAUCUCACACUGCGGGAUUUGCUGACCUUCCGGAAAGCUUCCGUGGCAUGUGAAUAUCUCGCUGAUGCCAUCCUCGGGAGGAGAACCAAACUAACAAUCCCUCCCUGGAUGACUGCUGAACACUUUGAAGUUAUCACGGAAACAUGCCAUCGUGUCCGGAAGGUUGUUCUGGACGGUCUCGACUGGCUGACGGAUCGACUCCUGGCGAAAUUCCUGCAAAACAAUCCCCUCCUCGAGGAUGUUACAAUUGAUUCAUGCUGUGGGAUUUCCUCAAGAGGCCUCCGUCCUCUUGCCAUGAGUCGCGAACUCCGUGUGCUCUCAGUGCCAAAAAUUAAGUUCUGCGAUGACUUCCUGCAGCGCUUGGGGCGUCACAAUAGGCGCCUCCGGAAGGUGGAUUUCUCAAAUGUAUGCAGAUUCUCCCCAAAGUACCUCCAGAGCUUCCUCGAGACCCAACCCUGCCUCACUGUGAUUGAUUUGAGAGGCGCCCGGAUGGAUAUUCAUUCGAGUCUCUUCACAAUCCCCCAAGUUUGUCGGGAUUUGGAGGGUUUGUACAUCGAUGGGUGCUUUGGGGUGACUGAAGCUGCAAUCCUGAAUAUCGUGAACAAAUGUCCGAAAUUCUGUGAAAUCUCAAUGGAUUGCUACAUCCCCCAGAGCACGCUGGACUACAUAAAGAGCAAGGGAAUCUAUGUUCUCAGGAAACCCGCAUAUGAAGCAGAAGGAUUCUUUAUGUGAUAAGAAAUUGAAAAAGAAUCCUAAGCGUAAGUAAAAAAUCAUGAAUCUCAUUCCCUGAUUAACCCUUUCAUGACCACAAAAAUUCCCACCAAAUAAAGUAUUUAAGAUCUUUGGAUUUUUAUAGGGAAGACAGGGUUAAUACGGCUUCGAUUUAGAUGGAAAAUCUUUUUUUUUUAAUUUGAUUGAAUUGUAAAGUUUUAGCUGUGUUUCUUUCAGACACAGCUUUUGUGUACCGAGCAAAAUCGAAAGUCGUCAGAUCGGGCUCAAACUUGGGAUGAGCACGAAUUAGGGUCCCCACAUUCCAAAAAACGUAUGCGCCAAAAAUUUUUUUUCCGGCCGUCCGGCCGUCCGUCCGCCGUGGUUCAACCCUAAAUUGCAAGAGAACGGUAAUAGAUAGAGACUUGCGGUCAACGGCAAAGUCAAAUUUUACCCCACACCCUUCCGUCCGCCAUUUUGAAUAACCUCAAAAUUUUGUUUUCGCUAUAUCUCAGCCCCUGUAAUAGCUAAAAAUCUGAAAUUUAGAUAUGUUGUAGGGGCCAUCAAGAGCUUUCCAACGAUGCCUCAUUUUCGAAAAUCGGUCAAGCCGUUUAGUCAAUAUGGCCGCCACAAUUUUUCAUCGAAAAUCGACCAUAACUCGAAAACGGCUUGACCGAUUUUGAUCAACCCGGGGUCAAAUGAAAGAUCUCAACAAACCCUACAACUCUCUAGACCACCAGAAGUUUCAAAAGUGACCGCUAGAGGGCCAAAAAUCAAAAACAAAAUUUUCGAUGAGUUUUCGAUGAAUAUCUCGAAAACGCCAUCAUCGAUUUACUUCAUUUUUUGAUAUAUUAUAGCACACUAUAACAUCUAUUUAUAAAAAAAAAUUAAAAAAAUUUAUGUCGUCAUUUUGAAAAUAUUGAGCUCCAACUUUGACAUGUCAUAUCUCGGGUUCUACAAGUCCGAUUUUGAUCAACUCAAGCGCAAAUGAAAGGUUUCGUGAAACCCUACAAAUGUCUAGAACAUUGCAACUUCGAGAAAUGACCGCGAGAGGCGCUAAAGUCAAAAUCAAAAUUUUCGAAAAUUUCGAACUCGAAUUUUUCGAAAAUGCCAUUAUCGAUUUACUUCACAUUUUAAUAUGUUAUAAUUGAGGUUAAGACCUUUCCAACGAUAGCUCAAACUCGAAAAUCUAUGGAGCCGUUCCCGAGAUACGGCGUUUUAAAUAUUUCUUGGGGGAUGACUUUUCAACUUUUCCCAAUUUUGCGCAAUUUAAAUGAAUUUGCGUUAUAGUUUGCUCUCACAAAAUUGGUACACUGAAAGAAACACAGCUCCCGUAAGCUUGGUCAGCUUACCAGUACAUUUCAUUUUAAAAUUUUAUAGUUUAAAUGUGUCUAUGCUAAAAAUUGUAGAUAAGAUUAGAUCCCGAUUGCUAUAAAAAAGAUUUUCCUACCAAAUCGAAGCAUAUUCGUAACAAACUUUUAUAAAAACUUGAAUCAAUUUAUAACAAAAUAAUUUUAGAAUUCACGUUUUAAAUUUUACUAGAUUUUCAAUGAAAAA